AUGGUUGUUGAUGGUAAUUUGUUGUCAUUAUGUCAGAGUGGUGGAGUUUUCUUUAUACUGACUUGUUUUAUUGGUCAGCUACUGAACAUUGAAAAUGUUCAUGGGAACCCCAUAACAGAUGAAGUGUCCCUGUAUGGAGAGAGCUACAUCCAGAACUCCCUAAAGGAUGCCAGCAGCCAGACUCGCAUCCAGCUAGAGUUCCAGACUGGCCUGCCUCAUGGCUUACUUCUGCUUGCUGCUGGACAGACAGAUUACGUCAUCGUACAGCUGAUUGCUGGAACUUUAGAGGUCAGGGUCAACCUUGGUUCCGGGGAAGCGGUCAUCUUGUCUGCAAGAGGUGUGAGACUAGACAACCAACGGUGGCAUUCUUUAGUUAUAAAUCGCACUGAAGAUGUAGUCUAUCUUGAACUGGAUGGAGUAGGUCAAGGUCAAGCUAGCACGCCAGGGUCGUACCAUGAUCUAAAUAUAGAUCUUGGUGUGUUUCUCGGAGGCACUGGGGAUCUGAAGCGAGACUUUGACCACAGCAUUAAAUCUUUCAGGGGCUGUAUGAGGCAAGUCCACUUCAAUGGGCACAACAUCCUGGAGGAGGUCAAAAGCAUCCCCCAGCACCAGGUGGCCUGGAAGUGUGAUGAUGUCUUCUCCAUGCCCUCGUCUGCACCCUUCAGCAUGAACCACGAGUCCGCAUAUCUAGCUUUACCUUUUAUUAGGAUCGGCCCAGAACACCAGCCAUUUUUUGCUUGCCUGCUCAAAACCAGGUCCUCUAAUGCCCUGGUUUUGUUCAACUCCGGCGUUGGUGCCACAUCCAAGGAUUUCAUAGCCGUGGAGCUGGUGGACGGCAAGCCUAAGCUUUCUGUAGACAAAGGUGGAGGGGUGAUAGAAGUGGCGCUGGGCGUGGCCAUCAAUGAUGGCAAGUGGCACCAGAUGGAGCUGGCUCUCAGUGAAAACACGGUAGAGAUUGGUAUAGAUGGCCGGAAAAAUGUCACCACCUUUUAUCUGGGUAACCAGAAUAAAUUAAAUCUUGGGGGUUAUCUGUAUGUUGGUGGCGUGGGGGUCAAGGCCAGGCCCCAGGCUGUUAAACUUGGCCUCGUCAUGCCUGGAUCACUGCUGGGGUGUGUAAAAAACAUCCGCAUGAACUCGCGCAGCUAUGGGUUUGAGCAGGUUCAGUCGUCAUGGCAGGUGGACGGGGUGUGUAGGUGGGAGUACCCCUGUGCAGAGGACCCGUGUAUCUCAACUGCUGUGUGUAAGGAGCUCCAAGGGUCAAAGUUCGAGUGCCACUGCCCUGAUGAAGAGUGUGUGAAGCCAGUCUCUCAGCAGAACCAGCGGGGGAUUGUGUCGGUGGGAAGAGUUCAAGUGGAAGUCGGGGGGUCAGUGGUCAUCAACUCCAGCGUUAUUCAGGUCAAUAAAAGAUCUCUGGGCCAGAUGAUUAGGGAUGAAAACAUCUUCUUUGUGGUCAAAGAUCCCCCUAAAGAUGGCAUCAUUGAGACGAGACGCAAGGACAGCAUUUCUCUGAGAGACCUCACAGAAAACUCUGUAUACUACAAGCAUCUGGGUGGUCCACCAAAACUGGACAGUGUCACUUUUGACAUGGGGGUCAGCUCUACCUCCCACCCUGAGCACUUUACAUUUGUAUUGCCAAUAACAAUCAUAGCAAAAAGUGUCAACAAGCUGGAGGUCACACUACCCCGCGGAGGCUAUUUGGUUAUUUCAUUAGGAGCAAAGGUGCGGAUCACACCCGCAGUGCUCAAUGUCAAAUCACCUGAACAAGACCCUUCCAACCUGAUAUUUUCUGUGAUAUUUUUACGUGAGUCUGGCAGUUUUUUCCAUCACUCUAAUGAUCCGAGGAAAGCAAUUAAAACGUUUACUUUAAAAGAUGUCCAAGACGGCUUCAUCUGGUUCCAGCACAGUAGAGACAACAUUGUUUACACCAGGUUUAAUGUCACAGAUGGCGCUGCUGUCAGUAGUGGCGUGGACCUGCGCUUUAAAGUGGAGGAGAUGAGGCUGAGCACCAGGAACAACACAGGCGCCACUCUGUACUACGGCUCCAGCUCUCUGAUCACCAGCCAGAACCUCAGCAGCACAGCAAACACCUACCUAGAGGACCUGGACCUCAGGUAUCAGGUGACCCAACCACCCAGCCACGGCUCCCUGCAAGUCUUUCAGUACGGGUCCAGUGACUGGUCCGAGGUGUCCUCCUUCUCACAGAGCCAGAUAGACUCAGGGCGAGUGCGCUACACCCACCACCCCGGGCGCAGCAUGUCAGUCCAGGACAGCUUUAGAUUUGAGGUCAUAUACAAGAAUGUGAAAACACAAACCCAGAUAUUUCUCAUCCGCAUCAAAUCUGUCAAACCUGUGAUUGACCAGAGUGUGACUCUAGUGUUGCACCAAGCACUGUACGCUAAAGUUAGCAAUAAAACACUGUUGGCUGUUGUCAAUGUUGAACACAAUCCUGACAGCAUCAAGUUCACCAUGGAGAGAUCCCCAAAGAAAGGUAACUUCUAUCUGAGCCAACAGAACAUAAACAAUCCUGGGGUGUUUGACCAGUUCACUCCCCUGAAGGAGAACAGCACCUUCACACAAGAGGAUGUCAAUGCAGGCUUCUUGUAUUAUAAAUUUGACAAGACGGCCUAUGAAAGAACAGACGACAUGACCAGUUUUCUUGUCUCUUACUUUGGCUUCUACAACAGGGUGAGACUGAGCGUGCAAUUCUCACCUGAACAAAUUGACAUUCGUUUUGUUAAUAAUGGUCUGAAGAAUGUUCCAGAAGGAGGCGCUGUUGUCAUAACCAAACAAGACCUUUACCUUGAAAUGGAAAAGUACAAGAAGUUUACAUUUUGGAUUGUAAAGCCUCCUGACCAUGGGAGGAUAGGUUUGAGGGAGUCAGUCCGCUCGAGAGAGUCAGUCAGCUUGAGUGAGCUAGAACAGCUGAGCAACAUCUCCUCCUUCACCAUGUCUGACAUCAAGGAUGGGAAGGUUGUGUACAAACACGAUGACUCAGAGAAUGAUCAGGACUUCUUCACAUUCACUACAACCCCUAUUCUUGAAGAGUCACAGGUUGACUCGGGGGAUGAGUUCCAGGAAUAUUCUGGGAAGUUCCAGAUUUCUAUCAAGAUGAAAAAUGACAAUCCACCGUUCAGGACUUUUAACAAGGUAUUUCAGGUGGCCAUUGGUCAUGCCAAAGUGCUGACCAUCAAUGACCUGUCAUUCACCGACCCUGACAUAGACUUUGAUGACUCCCAGCUGAAAUACACCAGGCAAGUUAUAUCAAAUGGUGACAUCCUGCACACAGAGACAGAGGACCCUGUGUACAGCUUCACACAAAGUGAUUUAAUCUCAGGCACCCUCAUGUUUCAACACACUGGUGAAAACUACGCCCGCACACAAAUCACAGUCACAGAUGGAGAGUUCUUCAGCAGUAGCAUGUUUGAGAUUCAGGCCUCCAAGCCUUAUAUAAAGAUUGUAAACAAUACAGGUGUGCGGGUGGGCAAGGGAGAUGAAGUCCUGCUGAAUGGCACCAACCUGAGCAUGGACUCUAACCUCAACUACAAGCCUGAUGAGGUUAGCCUCAAACUGAUGCGGCUACCUGCACAUGGGGGGCUGUGGAUCAGAGGGAGGCAGGCGGAACAGCUGACCUACCUGGAUGUGUUGGAGGGGCAGGUCAAGUACUGGCACAAUGGUGACCAGGGAGAGGAAGACAAGUUCACCAUCCUGAUCAGCCUGGGUCAAGUUGAGACCCAGGCUGACAUCCAGGUCAAGGUCAUCACUGAGGGGCUGUCUGACCCGCCUGAAAUAGUACACAACCAAAUUCUCAAGGUGCCAGCCCAGCAGUCUGAAACCAUCUCAGAAAAUGUCCUCAAAGUCUACCACAAGCGGUACCCUGCGGCAGAGAUUGAGUACAUCAUAACACAGCUACCCCAGUAUGGUCAUCUGGUGGUCAAAGGCAUCGAUGUUAAAGCUGGGAAUGUUCCAGAAUUCACCCAACAAGACAUUAACGACAAGCUGAUCAUCUACACCAGUGACAGUCCAGACAGCAUGUCAGACAGCUUUAGGUUUGAUGUCGGCACAGAGUUCCAAAGUUUGAGACAGCUAGAAUUUCUCAUUGAGAUCUUACCCCGUAAACCCCAAAGAGUGCAGGCCAAUGUAACGGUGAUGGAGGGUGGAACAGUCACUCUCUCAAACAAUGUGUUGGCUCUAAAGGGACGGCUAGCCCAGAGCAGUAAGGUGAUAUAUCGUAUCCAGCAGAGCCCCGUACAUGGGAAAAUUGUGCUGAGAAAUGGCAGGAAGGAUGCUCAGGUCAACAACUUCACGCUGGAGGAUGUGGGCCGCAGCAAGAUUGCUUAUGUUCACGAUGGUAGUGAGAGCCUUCUGGACCAAGCUGUCAUCAUAGCUGAGACCACGGACGCCAGUCUAGGCCCGCAGACCUAUGUCGUGUCCAUCAAAGUUACACCAGUGGAUGACCAAGCACCAAGGGUUGUGUUGAACAAAGGCUUAGAUUUGUGGACCGGGUCCUUAAAGCUGUUGACAAGUGACAACCUGCAAGCCUCUGACCCAGACUCCAGCAGCAGUCAGAUUCUGUACCAGACCUCCUCUCCCACCAAUGGACACCUGGCCUUUCUCAACAACACAUUCAAACGUAUCUCCAGGUUUACCCAGAUGGACAUAGACAACAAGCAAGUCGUGUUUGUACACAAAGGUGCCGAGUUUGGAGAUUUUAAAUUUGAUGUGACUGACGGCAACAACACAGCUGAGCGCCGGCAAAUUUUCCAAAUUCGUGCCAGACCUGUCCAGAUUUCUGUCAGCGUCAACAACUCGGUGCAGGUGUUUCCAGGUGUGGUCCAGCCAAUCACCAACAGUUCCCUCCUGGCCCAGACCUCCUCCGCCAACUUCUCCCACCCCAUAGUGUACACAGUCCAGGAGCCCAGGCCCACUCUAGGGAAACUCUUGACCAAAGUCCAGCAGAGAUUUGUUGAGAUAAACUCCUUCACACAAGAUGACAUCAAUGAUGGUCUAAUUUAUUUCCAGACCAACCACACCAUGGUCAACUGGAGCCACACUGACCACGUGGGCUUUGAAAUCUCAACACUUUAUGCCAAACCUAUUGAAAACAAAAUUUUAAAACUGGAUAUCUCCUUGUUAAAUAUUAAUGAAGACAACUAUCCAAGUUUAUUAAAUUUGAAAUUUCCUCAUCUAAAAGAGGGAGAAAAGGUGCAUCUGAAUCAUCAGUACUUUGAUGCUACAGGAUUUAUUAAAAAAGUUGAAAGCUUUAGGCCUGGUGUUAGUGUAGAGCUGUCAUUUGCAUCCUUGACCAAGCAUGGAUAUUUAUGGUUCAAAGGAAGGUCUGUAGAAAAAGAUGAGGUUUUUACCCAAGAGAAUUUAAACAAUGGAGAACUGGAUUACAUACAUGAUGACUCUGAUUCAAUACUUGACUUUUUUAAUUUUACAGUCAAAAUAUUAGUCCCUAGGUCAUCUAGUGAACCCAGCCAUUCCGUAGCCAAAACUUUUAAAUUUCACAUUUUUAUCCAACCAGUCAAUGACCGUGGGUUCGUGAUGGUCACACAGUACCCAAGGAUUGCAGUCAAGCAGGGGGGGCAAGUUGUGGUCACCUCCGAUAACCUGACCACAGUUGACUUGGACACUGGACCAGAUGGGAUUGAGUACACCAUCAUCAAGCAGCCAGAACACGGGAAAUUUGUCCGAGAUUCCUCCUCAAAUAGUCCCAUUACAACUUUCACCCAGAAGGAAAUCAAUGACGGUAGAAUUGUGUUUAAACAUAAUGGCACCAGGAAGUCUAGAAGUUCCAUGAGAUUUAAAGUGUGGGACGGAGUGUUUGGGCCCCAAACGGCCGGCAUGGAGAUUUCUGUGGAGCUUUUAAAUAUCGUGGUUGGUGAAGGCAGGCAUGUCCCGUUGGUUCAGGGCAGCAGGUCAGUUGUCUUGUCCAAUCAGUUCAUGCAGGUGUCCACCAAUGGGGACUAUGACACCCUCCUCUACAGGGUCACACAGCCCCCUCACUUUGGCCAGCUGCUCAAGAUGAAUGCCGCGGUCAUGGAGUUUAGCCAGUCAGAUGUUGACAGCGGUCAGCUGACCUAUCUCCAGAAUAAAGAUUCCCCUGGGAAUGAUUUCUUCACAUGCAACAUCACUCUAGGUAGCCGUUUCCAAGCUGAUAAUCUUGUGACUUUUGAAGUCAUCAUGAAGCCUUUGGUUAAACAAGGCCCUCUUGUGACUUCUAAUGGCUUACAUGUGGCCAUAACCAUUGCAAGCUUAGAUGCCAGCGAACUUGCAGAACUGACCAAUGACAACCCACAGUUUGAGAUCACUGUGCCUCCAAAAUAUGGCAGCAUUAUGCGCAGACACAGGCAGCGGCGCCAAGCAACACUUGAAAACCACUUCCAGCCAGUGAAGCAGUUUACGUUUGAAGACAUCCUGUACACCAAGAUGUAUUAUGUGGCCAGUGGUGUCAACAGGGGUGUCAAGACGGACAACAUGACUUACAUACUACGGGCACGUGGCGUCCCACCGGCAGAAGGCCAACUGGUCAUAGAAGUGACACAGUCUGGUGAGGCAGAGGCUGACAAGUCACAGGACGACACUGGCAGCACAAAUGAGGAAGCGCAGGUAGACAACACACCUGAUGAAGCCAACACAAGUCUGAGCUCUGAGAGUGAAACUCAGUCAGGUGUAGACACAAGCAACAGCAGUACCACGGUGAUCGCCAUCAUCCUGCCCCUGAUAUUUAUCCUGGUCAUUGCUGUUGUCUUGGUUAUAUUGUUUAUUCGAUGGAGGCGGAGGAAACGGGGCAAUGCUGAGAAGGAAAUGAAGUAUGAGAAGCCCCGGCCUUUGAUUAGUGGACCAUUGCAGCUGGAACAAUCUCAUGUGAUGUUAGAACCAGUCAGCAAGGGUCUGGCCUCGCCAGGCAGUCGCACGUCUCUAGUGGAGGGACACAGUGUGGAGAAUGACUACGUCAACAGCUCGCACAUCAACAAGAGCCACGAGGUCGACUCGUCGUACCAGUUACAUUCAGCUGCUCCCAGCCCUUCUGCUCAGACUACAUCACCAACACAUAGCCAGUCUGAACCAGUUUCUGAGGAAUUAGAAAGCUCUUCCAUGUUGACCAGUGGUCGAGGCUCUAAUGCUAGUAAUGACUUAAUGGACUGGACACUAUUGGACCCAGAGUUACUUCAACAUUUUCGCCCCACCACGCCAGUGUUAAGAACCAACCAAUACUGGCUGUAACUAUUGUUCCUUUAAGUUACUUGUUCUUUUAUUCUAAUUACCCAACAUAUGAUACCACUUUGAGGUGAAAUGCUCAAGUUUCAGCUACAAAAAUACUGAUAAUUUCAUUUUUUACUGUUAGAAAUAAUUCAAAAAGUGUUUUUUAUCUACUGAGCUCCAAGUCUUGGGAGCCAUAAUUAGUACUUAUACUACUUAUAGAGUUAUUCAAUUGCUAAUGAUGUUAACUUGUAAACUUUAAUAAAUAUCAUGACCAUUUGUCAAAUCUAGUUAUUGAAUCUCAUGUUCAUUUUAGAAUUAGCAAAGCUAUAUCAUGUUCCAGAUUAGUUGGCCAGUAGAUCUGUCAUUUUUUUCAGCUUAUUAGGCCAGUAGAUCUGUCAAGUUCCAGUGCACCUGGCCAGUAGAUCUGUCAAGUUCCAGUGCACCUGGCCAGUAGAUCUGUCAUGUUCCAGUGCACCUGGCCAGUAGAUUUGUCAAGUUCAGUGCACCUGGCCAGUAGAUUUGUUAAGUUCCAGUGCACUUGGCCAGUCAAUCUGUCAUGUACCCGUCCAACCAAAUCUUAAUUCCCCACUUUGUGCUGUGUUUGAAUGUGCAAUAUAUUUCUUGUAUGUUUGCUUUUAGAUGCUGCUUGUGUUUUACACAACAGUGUCAUUCAACAUUUUAUUUAUAUAGUUAUAUUAACUAAACCAUUUUUUUGUACAUUUUUACUGGAGUCAAGUAUAUUUGAUAUUAACUAGAGAGAUACAUCUGUCUCACCAAUAAGGUUGCCAGUCACUUUGGUUUUAUGUAGACUGCACGCUUUUAACAACUUUUUCAAAUGAUCCAAUCAGAUUGUUGCUUGUUAUUUUAAACAAACUAAUAAA